CUGACAUCAUAUCACAGAACACGGAAGUCACAGUUCCCCAACCUCUCGCCCAUUUCAAACAAAUAUCAGAAGUUUUAGUAUAGGCAAAGUGGAGCAAGUCUGGGCACUAUCCUAGGGUACGAUUGUGUUCCCACAGUAAGGAGAGAUGAGCAAGGGGAAGUCUAAAGGGCAGGAGAAUGUGCACAGCUCUCUCCUCAGCAUCCAGGAGAAUGAGCGUCUGUUGGACUUGCUGGGCCGGAGAUGUGUGACUAUGGCCACUGCUGUUGUGCAGCUCUAUAUGGCCCUUCCCCACAGUCCAGCCCACUGGAAUCUACAGCAUACCGGAGUGGUGUGUUUUGUCAAAGACAACCCACGCCGUUCAUACUUCAUCCGCCUUUAUGACAUCAAGGAGGGGAAAAUGGUAUGGGAGCAAGAGUUAUAUAAUCAGAUGACUUACUCCAAUCCAAAGCCAUUUUUUCACAGUUUUCCUGCAGAUGACUGCCAAGUGGGUCUGAACUUUGCAAAUGAUCAGGAAUCGGAGCAGUUCAGAAAAAUAUUAGAAGACAAGAUCAACCAGAGAUCCAAUCGUCAAGAAAAAAGGCUGAAUGCUCCAACUGAAGAAAAACGAGCACUACCACCCCCACCACCGUCAAAUGGUCCACAGAUGCUGCCAGGUGGCAUGACCACAAGAGAUAUCCCAAACCCUGACAUUUUGGCCUCUCGGUAUCGGCCUCCUAGUAUCCCUGUGCCUGCACCUGCAGCUUUUGGCACUAAAAAGGAUAAAAAGGGGAAGAAAAAGGGACCUCGACUUACGAAGGCAGAUAUCGGGGCACCCAGUGGUUUUAAGCAUGUCACACAUGUAGGAUGGGAUCCAAACACUGGUUUUGAUACCAAUAAUCUGGACCCAGAUCUGAAAAAACUGUUUUCUUGUGCUGGUAUCAGUGAAGACCAGCUGACAGACAAAGAGACAUCCAAAAUUAUCUAUGACUUCAUUGAGCAGUCUGGUGGCCUGGAUGCUGUCAAAGAGGAGAUGAGGAAACAGGAUACUAUGGGUCCUCCAUCUCGGAGUAUUCCCCCAGUGCCAGGUGGUGCACCUCCUGCAGCCCCUCCACCUCGUGGGGACCGUAGCCUUCCUCCCAUCCCUGGUCAACCUCCACCAGCUCCCCCAUCCCGUAAUCAGCGAGCGCCUCAUCGUGAACACCUUCCACCCCCUCCUCCGCCUGGAAAAACUGGACCUCCACAUCCACCUCCUCCCUCUAUUGGUUACUUAGCUCCCCCCACAAAUCUUGCUAGUGCUGGUAUGAGUGGAGGAGGUGCACCUCCACCUCCUCCUCCCCCUCCACCUCCUCCACCUCCUGCUCCUGUCAUUAGCUCCAAUGGUCGCAGCCCAGUUAGUAAUCCUUCCUCAAGUUCAGGAGGAGGCAGAGGAGCAUUACUUGACCAGAUACGACUGGGCACCAAGCUAAAGACUGUUACAGAUAGUCCUGAUUCUCAUUCUUCAUCACAAGAUCAAGAUGGUGAGGGCAUUGUUGGAGCUCUGAUGAUGGUGAUGCAGAAAAGAAGCAAAGUCAUUCAUUCCUCAGAAGAUGAAGAAGAUGAUGGAGUUGAGGAUGAAGAUGAUGAUGAAUGGGAUGACUAAUGCAAAUUUCCAUUUUGGGUAUACACACCUUUGGGAAUGUAUGUGCACACACACACAAACACAUGGAGAAUCAAAAUGAUGUGUUCAUUUUGUAUACUGAAAAUGGCAGUUAAAGUAGGAUUUUUAUUUGGGGUUAUGGUGACAAGAUUAGGAACGGUUAGUAUAUUAUCAAGGAUGAAUAAAAUUGGAUGUUAAAUGUGAAUAAUCUUAAUGGUGGGUGUCUCAGUAACUGUUUGGGUGUCUCAGUAACUGUCUGUUAUGUUGACUAACAUGAUUUUAUACAGACUGUCAUGUUACUGCAAAACUGUCAAAUACAAAACAUAUUUUUUCACAAUAAUUAGACAUUUAAAUUGUGUGGAAUAUAUGUAAAUUAAGAUUUUUAUCAAUCAAUCUGUUCUCUGUUUAAUGAAAGAUUUUUUCUAAAUCAUGAGUCACUAGCAGCCUGAAGUAUGCAUUUAAGGGUUCAGUUGAAAACAAAUAUAGAAAUUAUUAAAACUGAAUAAAGCAAAUUCAUUAUGCAAUCUUUUAGAAUAGUGUCAUGUGUGAACAAUUUCCCUUUUGUCCAUAUAUUUCUUUUGUGUAUUUAUGCAAAGAUCAUUUUAAGUUGCUCUGGCUGUACUAUAAAGUGGUUUAACUCAGCAUGUGCAAAGACAAUUAAAAAAAAUUAAUAAUGUCCCUACCCUUAGCAAAUCUAAAUGAGAGGAGUGGUAGAAGUUUGUGAGUUUAAAUCCCAACACCACUGAAUGGUUAGCUUUGUGUUAAAAUAAUAUUAGUCAUAUGCUAUAGCCUUUAUAGUCACCAAAUCCCAAACCAACAUAUAUGAAAGGUUUUGGAGUGACUGUUUAGAAAGUGAUCUCCACCAUCAUCAAAAUACCUGGGAAUAAAGAAUAUCUUUGGUGAU